AUGGGAGGGAAAAGUACUCUAUUAAGACAGACAGCCCUGUGUGUUAUCUUAGCACAGUUAGGGUCUUAUGUACCAGCUUCGGAGUGUAUAUUAACCCCUGUAGACAGAAUAUUCUGUCGUCUAGGGGCAGAAGAUUUUAUUCUCCAAGGAAGCAGCACCUUCUUUGUUGAAUUAUCUGAUGUUGCUGAGCUUACUACACAUGGUACUCGUUAUUCAUUAGCAUUAAUAGAUGAAUUAGGUAGAGGUACAUCUACUAAUGAUGGAUUAGCCAUCGCCCUCUCUACUGCUGAAUAUAUUAAUGAUUUUAUUAGG